UCCAUCCUUUUUCUUUCCCCUAUUCUCACUUCACCAUUAUUUCACUUCUAUAUCUCCCUUUCUUUCAUUUCCUUCCCAUUUCUUUCCAUCAAAGUUUUCACUUUUUUAUAUACACUUUUUAUUCAAGCAUUACCAUCUUUUUUAUAAAAAUCCAACCAACUAUUUAAUACAAUAUGGUGGACGUUGAUAGAAGAAUGACCGGUUUAAACCCGGCUCACCUCGCCGGUCUCCGCCGUCUCUCCGCUAGAGCCGCCGCAUCACAACCCUCAACACCACUUCCGGCCAGAAACAGCCUAAUCUCCUUCACCACAUUAGCAGAUAAAGUCUUGACCCAUUUAAAAAACUCAGGUGUACAAGUCCAGCCCGGUUUAUCUGACAAAGAAUUUGCUAGAGCUGAAGCUGAGUUUGGGUUCACAUUUCCACCUGACUUAAAAGCUGUUCUUUCUUCCGGCUUACCGGUUGGACCGGGCUUCCCAGAUUGGCGGUCUACCGGUUCAUCUAGACAACAGUUACGGGCCGCACUUGAUUUGCCAAUAGCUGCUAUUUCUUUUCAUAUUGCUAGAAAUACUUUAUGGAGCAAAGCUUGGGGUGUACGGCCGGUCGAACCGGAAAAGGCAAUGAAGAUAGCAAGAACCGCUUUAAAAAGAGCUCCAUUGUUAGUCCCGGUUUUUAAUAACUGUUACAUACCGGGUAACCCGUGUUUAGCGGGGAACCCGAUAUUUUAUGUUGAUGAGAAUCAAAUAUUUUGUUGCGGGUUUGAUCUUUCAGACUUCUUUGACCGUGAAAAGUCAACGUUGUUUGCAAAGAAUCGAAACCCGCAACAUUAUAGUAUCAGUAUUAGUCAGAAAAACUGUUUGACUAGACAUAGUUUUGACACCGUGUCAGGAAAUGGUAAGACGCCGCGAUGGGUUGAGUUUUGGAGUGAUGCGGCGGUGAUCGACCGCCGCAUCAAAAGAAACUCAAACUCAUCUUCGUCGUGUUCUGUAUCCCCCGACAGGUAUUUUGAAAUACCGAGAUCCGGGGUACCCAAAUGGGUCGACAACUAUGUAAAACAAAUCGGGUCGGUUUUGAAAAGUGGAGGGUGGGAUGAUGCUGACGUGUCGGAGAUUGUUGACGUGUCAUCAUCUGGUUUUUUUGAUGGGGAGAUGGUUUUGUUGGAUAAUCAAGCGGUUCUUGAUGCUUUGCUUUUGAAAGCGAACCGGUUAUCCGAAUGUUUACAAAAAGCCGGGUGGAGCUCCGAAGAGGUUUCGGAUGUUUUCGGGUUUGAUUUUAAGCAAGUGAAAGAGAAAAAACCGGUGAAGAAAAUAUCACCGGAGUUAGUGGAAAAGAUUGGGAGAGUAGUGGAAUCUGUAUCUAAAUCUUGACCGGAAGUACCGGUAGCCGACAUACACGUUAGGUUUUUUAAUUUUUAAUAUGAAAAAAAUUAUACAAAAUUGCGAAGUGUUAUACUAACAAGUUUCGUAUAAAGUAAACAAAACAUAAUUACUCUUUAUUAUCACUAA